CCGAUGGUGCCGCCGCCUCCUCCGAGCCGGAGAGGAGCGGCCAGCGCGCAGCUGGGCAGGAGCCUGGGGCCCUUGCUGUUGCUCCUGGCGCUGGGACACACGUGGAGCUACCGAGAGGAGCCCGGGGACGGCGACAGAGAAAUUUGCUCCGAAAACAAAAUAGCGACGACCAAAUACCCGUGUCUGAAGCCUUCGGGCGAGCUCACCACGUGUUUCAGGAAAAAGUGCUGCAAAGGGUAUAAGUUUGUCCUUGGACAAUGCAUCCCAGAAGACUAUGACGUUUGUGCAGAGGCUCCCUGUGAACAGCAGUGCACAGAUAAUUUCGGCCGAGUGCUGUGCACUUGUUACCCAGGGUACCGAUAUGACCGAGAGAGACACCGGAAGCGGGAGAAGCCGUACUGCCUCGAUAUCGAUGAGUGUGCCACCAGCAAUGAGACACUCUGUGCCCAUAUCUGCAUCAACACCCCAGGCAGCUACCGCUGUGAGUGCAAGGAGGGCUACAUCCAAGAGGACGACGGGAGGACAUGCACCCAUGGGGACAAAUAUCCCAAUGACACUGGGCCGGAAGAGAAGACCGACAACACCGGGCAGGCCCGCACCUGCUGCGCCUCGUGCAAAGAGUUCCACCAGAUGAAGCAGACAGUGCUGCAGCUGAAGCAGAAGAGAGGAUGA